AACAAAGUGAAGCAGUACUCUGGCCCAGACCCAGAGACUCAGACUCGUCUGCUAAAGCCGGCCAGUGGCAAGUGACGCGAAUCCAAUUUCUGUGCUCGUCCGAAUCCCGGCUAAUGUGAUAAUCGAAAGGCAAGCCAAGAUUCACAGAAAGGAGUCCCGCAUCUGGGAGUUGUUCAGCGAAAGAUUGUCUACUGUUUCGGGGCAGGAAGAAGCCAGAGAACUUGUAGGGAGUUGCAGCAUUGGCAUAUGAAGCAAUUAGGGGCAACACUAAAAACGCCUAUAAAUGUCGAGUGACAAACAUUUUCGCGGAACAGAGAAGACAGGCACAGGCACAGGCCCAAGUGUCAGACACUUUCCAGGCAACAUGUUGCUGAGAGACAUCUGCGGCAAUUGACAGCAGCAACAUUUGCGGCAUUGCUUGCCUCGGCGGGAACGGCAACAGCAACAACAACUCUUCGUGUGGCAAGCAAACUUCGUGCGGCAUUCGACUCUGACGGUUGUGUGACGCGUUCGCUGGCUGUGCGGCAAAGACAGAGAAAGAAUGAAAUAAUGACGUGAGAGCCGGGAAAAGUUUCGUUUCGAGUGUUCAAGUGUGGAUAACAAAUGGAAAAUACAAACGUAAACAGCAAAUCAAAUUAGUAAAGAGAGAAAUCAAAAGAAAUACGUAACCAAGUGCGUGUUAAAUAAAGAAUAAUAUAUCGUAGAAAAAUUCUAGAGAGUUCAGCGCUUAGGCAGAGCCAAGAAUCAAAAACCGAAGCGAAAAAGCGAAGCCAAAAAACAUUUCACACUUAAUUAAUGUCUAGUUUGAGGAGCAGUCGUGCAGCAGUCAAGAGGACAACAACAACAAACGAUCACAAAGUGGGCAACGUUGCAACGUUGACAAUGUGGCAGACGCUAUCAACUGUAUCCACAUCACUCACGGCGGCUAUCCUGGGGCCGGGGCCCCCGUCCGGGUGCAGGUGCGGGCAGCGCCUGAAGGGAAAACUGCGAGCAUCCAAAUCCAGCAUUUACCACGCGGAAAUGCAGAGUCACAGAGCCAAAGCGAGCAACAUGUUGCCAUCAGCAGACACCGCGACAGCAGCGUCCGUGCGUAGGUGUCGCUGUGGCAGCCACAUCACCAUCACCAUCAACAACAACAACAAAAACGACACUACCAAAAGGAGCAGCAACAUUAGCGGUGGCAGCCUCCGCCUCCUGCACUGGCUGCUGCUGCUCUGCGUCUUCUGUGAUGCCGUUCAGGCGACGCUGCGCGAUGUCAAUCUGCUGGUGCAACCGCCUGCGGUGAGGCGCGGCCAGUCGGUGGCUCUGCGGUGCGACUACCAGCUGGAUGGAGCGCCGCUCUACUCCAUCAAGUUCUACCGCGGCCAGAUGGAGUUCUACCGCUACACGCCCGGGGAGUAUCCGCACACGAAGGUCUUUCAGUACCCCGGCAUCAGAGUGGACGAGGGCAGCUCAAACGCCACCCUGGUGCUCAUACGCAACGUCAGCUUCGGCCUGUCCGGUCAAUUCAGCUGCGAGGUGACGGCCGAUGCGCCGCUUUACUCCACGGCCACGGCCUACGCCCAGAUGCAAGUUGUGGAGUUCCCGGAGAAACGGCCGCAGCUGUUCACGGAGCACACCCGCUACGAGCCCGGCGAUGUGCUGCGCGCCAAUUGCAGCACACCGCCUUCACGACCGCGGUCCGAGCUCCGCUUCACCAUCAACAAUGUGCCGAUAACCACGGAGGAAACGCAGUACAUACGAACGAUUGACAACUUAAUAGCGUCCCGGCUCAGUCUGAAGCUGCAGCUGCAGGCGGUGCACUUUGUGGCCGGUAUUAAUGGCCAUGGCAAUGGCAAUGGAAAUGGCAACGGGAAUGGCAAUGGCAACGGCAACGGCAUAGCAAACGCAUUGGUCACCGCCAGCGGGAGUGGGUCGGGCGGUGGCCUUGUUCUGCGUUGCACGGCGCAAAUUGGCGAUCUCUAUCAGGAGUACAAGGAAAUCGAGUUGGGCACACCACAAAAGGAUCCGGUGCCGGCAAGAGUGACGCUGUCGUCGGGCACGGGACUGCGCAGCUUCUUGGAGGCCUAUUUCACAACCUCCAGGGCGGCGCUCACCUGGCAAGGGACGGCCUUUGGGGGCAUCGCUAUCUGGCUCUUCUCAGUGUUGGCACUCCUGAUUAGCUGCAGCCGAAGCAGCUAAAUGCAGGUGGCUCCGAUACCCAUGUAGCAUGGAACAUUCGAUUUGGUUACGGAUCUGUUUGGGACACGGCCCGGAUAUGGAAUGUGUAUAGCCUAGAUGAUGAUGAUGAUGAUGAUGCUGGGUGGAGUGGUAAUCGAUAGCGCAUUAGAUUAGAGCUCUCGGCCGUGAACCGCAUUAAUUAUCUCUCGUGAAUGCCAUUUGAUUUACACACACACACACACAUCAAUACACCC